UGAGCAGAUGAGUCCCAGAAAGGUCAACGGUCUCCUGUGAGUGCUCGCCAUGUCGGCCACAGUAGACUUGUCUCCCCUGAAGAUGGAGACGCCGUCGCCCCACCCUUCCCCACACCGAGGCACUCCCCUGCGCUCCUCGUCUCUCGGCUCUCCGCGGGAGGAAGACGCCAUGGCCCCGACGUCCUCGCCUGCUGGGACGUUCUCCAGUAGUAUCAUGGAGUUCGGUCGGGUGGACCCCUCUCCUGUCUACUCCACCAGCGGCUCAGACUCUGUCAUGAGAAACGGGUUCAGACCCGUGAUGGAUAGCGAGAUGUCCGGAGAACCGAUGUCUGUCGAUGAUGAUUCCCCACCCCCCUCACCUUCCCCUUCCGCGAAGGCAGGUCCAGAAUCUGUGGAAACAGAUCGCCCGUUAACCCCGCCUGCUACUUUUCCCGCCACCUCCAACAGCUACCUCUAUGGAAACGCACCUGAGCCUGAUGACGCCAGCAGGGACGUUUCUUCGCCCAGCUACAGGAGCCCGUCACUCCCUGACACCCGGCGGGCACAACACUCGCCUCUUGAGUCGGAAGAGUUCCCUCGCUCUCCAAGUCCCGACGUUAGGGAAGUGGAAAGGCCAGCAGAGAGCAUGUCUUCUGACUGCAUCCAAUCAAAGCCUGACGACAGUGAUGACGUCAUCGAUUGCUGUGAUGAUGACUCCUCCGCGAAGCCCACGUCAGAAGUCGAGCCUUCCAGACGAGGUUCCGGUGACAACGGUGACGUUUCCGACAAAGAGGAAGAGGACCAGAUUGAGUGUGCUGAGUGCAGUGUUGUGUUUAGUAACUUGCAGAGGUACAUGGACCACACGUGUUACCGCUCACACCCUGCCGCACCAGUCCCGCCCUCGCCUGCUGACCUGACUACGACUGUCUCGGGGAGGGCUGAACGUCACCCCGUCAAAACUCCUCCAAUAUCAUCGCCCUACGACUUCAGGGACGAGCCCAAGUCUGACACGCGAUGUUUCUAUGGAAACAUGGUGUACAAUCCUGACGGCUCCGUGUAUGUGAUGGAGGCAGGCCGGAGUUCUUCAGAUGGGGAUAUCGAGAUGGCACGUCUGAACAUUCCCUUGAGCGCUGACUCCAUCCUGGUCAAACGACACCAGUCUGUCUUGUCUGUUGACCGAUCGAUACCUCAACUGACCACCGCCGUCUUCUUCCCUACCAACGGCCCGUCAUCAGUGCUGAGUGCUUGCUUGGACAACCCUGACUCCUCCACUGACCCCCAUAACGUGUCACAGUCCAGUCUGAGCUUCAAGGUUUUCUGCCUCCAGUCUGUACCAGCAGAACGGCUGCUCCAUCAUCUGGCAUCCCACCCACGGCGCAGAUUCCCUGCGAGGUCCGUACUCAUGUGCUUUAUAUGUAAGCUUUUCUAUGAGCUUCCCAAGACUUUUCUCAAACACGCAAUGCUAGAACACUCUAUACUUUUUAAUGACAGCGAAAAGACUCUGAUCGACUUGCCUAGCACCUCAGCCAUCAUCCAUGCCGUGGGGAAAAUGAAAGAGCCCAUGGUGUCUGUUCUACAGCCGUGUGUGAGACACGAAUCCCAGAGGAUCGUAGAUCGUACAGAGUCAGGGCCAUAUUCUUUUGUGUCUUCACGAGAUGUAGUUCAUCCGACUUUGAGUGUGAAUUUAAACUAUAUGCCACCAGGAAUAGAGGACAAAGACAGUUUAAACCACAUCGGGAUGUCGUCUUUUGAUAGCGAGAGAAGAGCUUCAUCAGACAGAGUUUCUUCCUACAAGCAUUCUCCUCUAUCUCUAUCUCAAAGAGAAGAGCUUAGUUCUAUCCAGCGAUCUUCCACCCCUCUCAAUAUGAAAGGCAACAAUUUUCUAAAAGAGAAUUAUUACAGGCCCUCUCCUCCCGUUCCUUCCCCGGGGGAUAAGCCCCCCACGGGUCAUUUCCUUCUUCCUCCUCACUCAAUCGCCAUGGAUAAUCCAUCUGCUUUGGCCCUCCGGUCUUCGCCCUCACAACGAGUUUCAUCCUCCCCAGCUGCCUCCACUACCUCAGGACCUCCUGAUCCCUCUUUCUUGACAUCGGCGCCGUCCUCUCUGAGCCAUCUGGUCACGGCGUCAUCUUUGGCGUCAUCUGUUCGCGUCCUGCCCUCGUCCGCCCCGGCAAAUUUGCCUCCUCUUCUGACUCUCCCCUCCUCAGCCCAGACCUCGCUACCUCCUCCCUUAGGUUUAACGCUGCCGAACUUCCUCGGGGGAACUUGUGAUGAACAUCCUCAGGGAAAAGCUCAAGGUGUGGAAUGUCCAAAAUGUGACAUGAUCCUCAGCUCCUCCCAGUCGCUCGGCGGCCACAUGACCAUGACCCACUCGAGGAACUCGUGCAAAACUCUCAAAUGCCCCAAAUGCAACUGGCAUUACAAGUACCAGGAGACCCUGGAAAUCCAUAUGAAGGAGAAGCACCCGGACAGCGACGCCCAAUGUGUCUACUGUUUAACCAACCAGGCCCACCCGCGUCUGGCUAGAGGUGAGUCUUACUCGUGCGGCUACAAACCGUACCGGUGCGAAGUUUGCAACUACUCCACCACCACCAAAGGUAACCUCAGCAUACACAUGCAGUCGGACAAGCACAUCAAUAACAUGCAGGAUCUAGCCAAUGGCAGCGCGGAGCUGAAAAUGACAGCGCAGCAGCCAACCACGGCGCAGUCUCUCCCGCCCAGCGCCCCGCCCCCGAUCCCACCCACCAACGUCCCACCCAGUUCUUACUCACAAGAGGACCAGCAGUACAAGAAGCUCAAACAGAAGCAGUCGUUCCGCUGUGACGUGUGCAGCUACGAGACGUCCGUGGCGAGGAACUUGCGGAUCCACAUGACCAGCGAGAAGCACACACACAACAUGCUGGUCAUGUCACAGAGCAUCAGCCACUUACACCAGGACAUGACGCUCCACCAGAUGUCGCAGAUGAACCAACUGCUCGCCCUCAACCAGCAGGACCACGCGGCUAGAUUCGCCGCCAUGGGUGCGCACAUUCCCGGGAACCUCUUCUACGAGCAAGCGGCCAUGCUCAUGUCGGCAGCAGCUUCUAACGUCCCUCCCCCGCCCCACCCUCCACACCAUCCACCGCCUCCCCACUCGGCUCCAGGUUUUGAGAUCCCGAUGAACUUGACCAAAGAAAACGGGUUCGACGACGGUUGUGGUGGUCCCUCCAACAACAAGGACGCCAGCAAGAUGUUCCAGUGCGCAGUGUGCAACAAGUACAGCUCUGACAGCAUGGAAAACGUGCACAACCACAUCCAGUACGACCGCACCAAGAACGGAAACCCAGAUGCCCACGUCACCUUCUCCAACGGCACCUAUCACUGCAAUCUCUGCAGCUACAAGACGCACCUCAAAGCCAACUUCCAGCUACAUUGUAAAACAGACAAGCAUCUCCAGAAGCUACAGCUGAUCAACCACAUUCAGGAAGGGGGGUUGGAGAACGAGUGGCGACUCACCUACCCCGGAUCCCCAAUGCAGAUCUGCUGCAACGCGUGCAGUUUCUACGCCAACUCCACCCACAAGAUGCAGCUCCAUGCCAGCACAAUCCAGCACGAGUCCUGCGCCCAGUUGUUCCGACACCUGCAGCUCCUUGACCGCGCCACGCCCCCUGCCGGCCCUGGGCGCCAGAGGUUCUACCAGUGCACGCUGUGUCCGGCCAACGUGAGGACAAAGCAGAGGCUGGUGCUGCACUCACGGUCACCCCAGCACGUGAGGAAGGAGCAGCUGAUGCUCCAAGGACAGGUGUCCAUCUUUGACGUCUACGUCAUCAAAGAGAUGACCGACGGAGACAACGUGGACUUUGAGGAGGAGGGUAAGUUUGUCUCUCUUUCUAUGUCUCUCUCUCUCCAAAUCACCGACGAGACAGCUUCUUGUGUGCUACAGAAUCGGUCAGAAAUAUCGUUGGAAACCAUGGGAGAGCUAUUUCAGGUCAGACUGUGCGACACCGACCUCGAGAAGGACAACUGCAGUGUCGUCGACCUUAGAGACGUGCAAUCCUUACUGCAAAACAUCGGCAGCAACGUUUGGCGUAGGCUCAGCAACAUGAGAACUGGGUCAGGUGACAGUGAAGAAAUGUCCCAUUCACUGACAAAAGCAGUUUUUGCGUAA